UUCCCUCUCUAACCCUAUCCGGGUAGGGGGGGAGAAGGUGGAGAGUCCCAUAAUCCUCCCGGGAACAAGGCUGCCUUUGCCGGGCGCGGAGUCUACGCGAGACCGGGGAUUUUGCGGCCUGCAUCCCUCGGUCUGUGCUGAGAAGGCGCUGCCGCUGCUUCUCCCCCCCCCCCUUUCUUCAGCGGUCCCUCCUUCUCUCGCUCCCCAUCGUCUCCUUGUGGCAAAAAGGCCCCGCAACCGGCUAGCCAGGAGCGGAGCCAAGCCUAGCCGAGCCGCCGCAGCAGAUAUGAUGGAAGAAUUGCACAGCCUGGACCCACGACGACAGGAACUGUUGGAGGCCAGGUUUACUGGAGCAGGAGUUGCAAAGGGUCCCUUGAACAGUGAAUCUUCCAAUCAAAGUUUGUGCAGCGUGGGCUCUCUAAGUGACAAAGAGUUGGAGACUCCUGAAAAAAAACAGAAUGACCAGCGCAACAGGAAGAGGAAAUCAGAAGGCUUUGACACGAAUCAAGGCAAAGUCACUCCAAGAGGACAUAAAAUUAGUGAUUAUUUUGAGUUUGCUGGAGGAAGUGGGCCAGGAACGAGUCCUGGCAGAAGUGUGCCACCGGUUGCACGAUCAUCACCACAGCAUUCCUUAUCAAAUCCCUUACCUCGGCGAAUGGAGCAGCCGCUUUAUGGGGUAGACAGCAGCGCAGCCAAGGAACUGCCGGAGGAGCACUCUGCUCUGCCAACUCUGGUGUCGGCGAUGCUAGCGAAACAGCGGCUAGAGGGCGAGCAGCUGGCUCAGAGGGGUACAAGCCUCUGUUUUCCGUUUGCUUCGGCCCAGCAAGGUAGUCCUUCUUCAACAGGUUCAGGGAACACAGAGCAUUCCUGCACCUCCCAAAAACAGGUUUCCGUCCAACAUAAACAGACACAGUCUGAUCUUACAGCGGAGAAAAUAUCUGCACUAGAAAACAGUAAGAAUUCUGAUCUGGAGAAGAAAGAAGGCAGGAUAGAUGACUUGUUAAGAGCAAACUGUGACUUAAGGCGACAGAUAGACGAACAACAAAAAAUGCUUGAAAAGUACAAGGAACGGUUGAAUAGAUGUGUGACAAUGAGCAAGAAGCUCCUUAUAGAAAAGUCAAAGCAGGAAAAGAUGGCAUGCCGAGAUAAAAGUAUGCAGGAUCGACUACGGUUGGGUCACUUUGCAACAGUCCGGCAUGGAGCCUCUUACACUGAGCAGUGGACAGAUGGCUAUGCCUUCCAGAAUCUUAUCAAGCAGCAGGAGAGGAUAAAUUCCCAAAGGGAAGAGAUAGAAAGGCAAAGGAAAAUGUUAGCAAAGCGGAAGCCACCUGCCAUGGGGCAGGUUCCUCCGGCAACCAAUGAACAGAAGCAGCGUAAAAACAAGACCAAUGGAGCAGAAAAUGAGACGUUAACGUUAGCAGAAUACCAUGAACAGGAAGAAAUCUUCAAACUCCGGCUAGGUCAUCUUAAAAAGGAAGAAGCAGAGAUCCAGGCAGAACUGGAGCGGUUAGAAAGGGUUAGAAAUCUGCACAUCAGGGAAUUGAAAAGGAUACACAAUGAAGAUAAUUCACAGUUUAAAGACCACCCAACACUAAAUGACAGAUACUUAUUGCUACAUCUCCUAGGCAGAGGAGGAUUUAGUGAGGUAUAUAAGGCAUUUGAUUUAACAGAACAGAGAUAUGUAGCAGUAAAAAUCCACCAGUUAAAUAAAAACUGGAGGGAUGAAAAGAAAGAGAACUACCACAAACAUGCAUGUAGGGAGUACAGAAUUCAUAAAGAGCUGGAUCAUCCUCGCAUAGUAAAGCUGUAUGACUAUUUCUCACUGGACACUGACUCAUUUUGUACAGUGUUAGAAUACUGUGAGGGGAACGAUCUGGACUUCUACCUGAAACAGCACAAAUUAAUGACAGAGAAAGAAGCUCGGUCUAUAAUCAUGCAGAUUGUGAAUGCAUUAAAAUAUUUAAAUGAAAUCAAACCACCUAUUAUUCACUACGACCUCAAGCCAGGUAACAUCCUUUUGGUAAACGGUACUGCAUGUGGUGAGAUUAAAAUCACUGACUUUGGCCUUUCAAAGAUCAUGGAUGAUGACAGCUAUAACUCAGUUGAUGGCAUGGAGCUGACAUCUCAAGGGGCUGGUACUUACUGGUACCUGCCACCUGAAUGUUUUGUGGUUGGAAAAGAACCUCCAAAGAUUUCAAAUAAAGUCGAUGUCUGGUCAGUGGGAGUAAUCUUCUAUCAGUGUCUCUAUGGCAGAAAGCCUUUUGGCCACAACCAGUCUCAGCAGGAUAUUCUGCAGGAGAACACAAUCCUUAAAGCUACAGAGGUGCAGUUUCCUCCCAAGCCAGUGGUAACGCCAGAGGCAAAGGCAUUUAUCAGGCGCUGCUUGGCAUACCGGAAGGAAGAUCGGAUAGAUGUCCAGCAGUUGGCAUGUGACCCCUACUUGCUUCCUCACAUCCGCAAGUCUGUAUCAACAAGCAGCCCAGCUGGGGCUGCUAUUGCCUCAACCUCUGGAUCUUCUAAUAACAGCUCUUCAAACUGAGCAGGAACAAUAGGCCAAAAAAUAUAUAUAUAACCGGAACUGCAGAAAGAAACCGAGAGAGUCAGACAUGUUUUGAGAUGCAGCCUUGGGAUUGGCAAGGAAUCCACAAAACAGCCUCAAGAAACCGGCAUCAGGUUCUUUGUUUUUCUCUUGCGUUCUUGUCCCAUCCAUAGAGCAAGGCAUAAUCGCUUCUCGGCAAGGAUCUAUGGCUACUUGAGUCAAGCUAAGUGGCCACGGAAGAGGAGGUUGGUUAACUGCAAAGGCACUAACCGCUCGAGGCAGCGGAGAGGAAAGAUGGUUCCAAGUACUGUGAACUUCCAAAUAUCACGGAGCCAGGGAGUGGUUCCAUGACACAGGGUGCACACACUUUGUGUGGAGAAAUGAGGACUUGGCAGCAGGGUAAAGAGGCUGGACUUAGUCCACUGUCAAUAUUUUAAAAAUAUGUUGUUUUCUUUGAAAUAAAAUUUAGGCUACAUCUCAUUGGAAGGAAGUGGAAGAAACCACAGAGCUGAACACUGUGAGAUUUCACUGAGGGACUGGGGUAUUAUAGGCCCCUUGUGCCCGUUGUAAGGGAGCCAUGUGUCCUUUCCAUUGACAGUACUGUACCAACAUUAGCAUGUUCCCCCAAAUAAUUUCAGUUUUAAAGUAACAUUUUUAUUGGUUUUAUGGUUAUAAGGUAAACUAAAUAGGUUGAUGUGGCAGUCCCCUUCUUCGUAAGCUGGCCUCAUAUUCUGUGAGAGGAGAGUACAGUGCAAUGCGGAAGCUGCAUAACAUCUGUGAGCCUAAGUUUCUCUCCUCCCCAAGCCUCUCAGAAGAAAAGUUACUUCUUGACAGGCACUUGACGGUUGUUCCCCCCAACCCUCUGCUCAAUAAAUUUAAGUGUUUUUCUUUUUUUAAAAAAAAUAUACUCUCCUCGUGUGGUUCUCUGACCAAUUCAUUGGGGUCUCAUUCAGGCAGUGGUGUUCUCUUUAAAACAAACAAA